UAUUGUCAUAUGCCUAUAUAUGUGUUUGUAAUUAAAUGGCGAUUUGUGAACAGCUUACACUGUGUAUAUACAUAAUUCUUACAAAAUACCUGUUAUAUACGUUCUUGAUUAAAUUUCGUUAUUAUUGAUUUCAUCAAUUCUAAAAAUGCGUUCAGUUGUAGAAAUUGGUGCUAGUGUUCCAGCUUUUCUGGGGAAAUUAUGGAAAUUGGUAAACGAUUCGGAGACAAAUCAUUUGAUUUCAUGGAGCCCUGGCGGAAAAACAUUUGUCAUAAAAAACCAAGCAGAUUUUGCUCGAGAAUUAUUACCUCUUUACUAUAAACACAACAAUAUGGCAAGUUUUAUUAGGCAAUUGAAUAUGUAUGGUUUUCACAAAAUCACAUCGGUUGAAAAUGGAGGUUUGAGAUAUGAAAAAGAUGAUAUUGAAUUUUCCCAUCCUUGUUUUAUGAGAGGUUAUGCAUAUUUGCUAGAGCAUAUUAAGAGGAAGAUUGCAAAUUCAAAGUCCAUUGUAAGCAGUGAUAGUGGAGAGAAAAUUCUUCUUAAACCAGAGUUGAUGAAUAAGGUAUUGGCAGAUGUAAAGCAAAUGAAAGGGAAACAAGAGAGUUUGGAUGCUAAGUUUAGUGCAAUGAAGCAAGAAAAUGAAGCAUUAUGGAGAGAGGUGGCUAUGUUGCGACAGAAACACAUCAAGCAACAACAUAUAGUUAAUAAUCUCAUCCAAUUUUUGAUGUCUCUAGUGCAGCCAACUAGAACUGCUAAUGCAAAUGGGAAUAAUAUGGGUGUGAAAAGACCUUAUCAGCUUAUGAUAAAUAAUGCAGCACAUAACUCGGCAACAGACAGCUCUUAUCCUGGAAAAACAAAGAAUAUCAGACUAGAUAAAGAUAUAUUAGAAGAUGUGAAUGAGGAUAAUUUGGAAGAUGGACCUACUAUUCAUGAGUUGGUUCAUGAUGACAUUUUGCCUAAUGAAGAAUCUCAAGAGUCAUUAGAUCCAAGUAAUUUUGUAACAAUAGAAGUGCCUACUGUUUCUACUGAUCAGAGUUCUGUUGAUCCUGCAGGAGCUAUUCAAUAUCAUGUGACUAUGGAAGAUGCUGAUGAUCCAAAAUCAGGUUCUGCUAAAGUAAUUCAAUUUUAUCCUGUAUAUAAAUUAAACAAUUCUCCACAAACUCUUGAUUCUACAAACUCUUUACCUGUAACUUCAUCAACAUCUGCUGUGAAUACACCUGCAUCUCCAGAGCAAGUGAGCAAUACCACCACAUCCUUGGGAAAAUCUAAAUCAAAGAGCCGAAGUGUCAACAAAUCUUCUACCCAACAAAGUGGCAAAACACUGAUGUCUACAAGUAACUUCAACACCUUAAACCCGUCAGCUGACUUGAAGCUUCCUGCUGAAAUAUUUGCCAGUGACGACUCUGCGAGUGAGGUUGCAAUCCCAGUAACAGAAGUUUUACCAGUUCAGAAUAUCUUACAAGAUACCAUUCUCAAUACAAACAAUUCAUCACCUUUAACAAAGGAUAAAAUGCUUGGAGGCAUUAAAUUAGAAAAACCAAUGGAUGGACUAGCUAAGUCUGACGGGAAAUCUAAGAAGUCUAAUAAGGAUUAUGUGGCUGAUGAUACAAUUAACAUAGCAGAUAUUAAGACUGAAAUGCAAGAUGACUGGAGUAAUAUGACACUUGCCACAGUCAAUAAUAACACUAAUGUCAACAGAUUUCAGACAAGGAGUAGGAGAGAUAACAUCGGAAAAAAUCGAGAGGAAUUUACUUCUCUUUUUGGAACAAAUUCAAACAAGGAUGAUAUUGAUGACCAUCUGGAUACCAUGCAAUCAGACCUCGAGUCUUUAAGAGAAUUAUUGCGAGGUGAUGGUUAUUCGUUAGACACAAACACGUUGAUGGGGAAUGCUGAUGCAAGUUUAGGACCUACGAUGUCAUUCACCAUUCCUCAACAGACUGCAAAUAAUUAUUUAUUUGGAGCCGAUGAUCCUUUUUAUGGCCUUUCAUUUAAUAUGGACGAGAGAGCAAAGUCAUCAAAUAGUGCUAAGAAGCACAAGGGUGAAAUUUCGAAUGUAAGCAGCGACGAAAAUCGCGUUGAAGACCUAUAUACAGAGGAUGAUGCUGAAGAGAAUCAGCUUAUAUCAUAUACAGGAAAUGUUCCAAACUUUGAUGAUAUAAAUAUGCCAGAGUUGGAGGCGGAUAAUUCUCAAGAUGCUUGUGUAUCGCCUACACCGUGCAGUUCUACAUUGAAUACGCCGCAAGUUGAGGUUCGAUCCCCAUCUAAUUGGCGAUUGAGGCCAUGAGGAAUGUCGAAAAAGGGUUCUCACAGGACGAAGCGCUCCAAAAAGUGAACUACGUUUUACGUACAUCAAAAGUUACAAUAUAUUUUAUAAUAACAUUUGUAAUACGUGUAAUACGUAUCCGUAUAUCCCAGAUAUUUGUUAUUUGUAUAGUGUGAUUGUGUACAGUUUCAGAAUUUAUUUUUUUUAUUUUUGCUGGAGCAGUAUAGUCUGACUAUAUUAUUACUUUAAUAUUAAAUAUGUAUAAAUAUGCAAAUAGUUCAAAGAUGUAUUUCCAAAAAUUAAAAAGACUAAUUGAUUAAUGUUUAUAAAUUUGUUCUUAAUAUGCCAGUUUUUGCUGGGAUUAACAAUUAAAUCAGUACCUUAAUAACAAGUCGCUAAUUACUUAUACCAAAAAAAUUUUGUUCAUUAAAAUAAAUUUAACGCUUUAAUUGAACAUUUUUACUGGUUGUGCAAUUGAAAAUAAUUUAUUUAAUGUUUUUCAUAAUACUACUAAUACUACUAACUGUAUUUGGUAAUUUUGCUUUUCUGACCAAAAGAUUAUACCUACUCUUAAUUUUUGCUUUUUAUUUUUGUCAUACUUUUCGUAUCGUAGCCUGUUCUCUUCCUAGAUCGAGCUCUAGGCUUAUAUAGGCACGGUAAUGUCUAUAAUUCUUAAAUUUAAUACACUAUUUUGAUUCAGUUGUGUCCACCUAUAUACUUUAUGUAUACAUUGUUUAAUUAUAGAUAGAGGCUUUAUUGUAAUAGGAGUAAUAUUUAAAAAAAAUUAAGGGCUUUCAAAACAUAGUAUGGUGACGUCGCAAUUAUCUGUUUAUUUUCAAAAAAUUAUUGAAAAUAUUUCAAUGUCUGAUUAUUUAAAAAAAUUCUGCUAGUGAAUUAAAGCGAUUAAUUAUGCAAUAAUAUUCUUGUUAAGCGGUCACUGAAGAUUUGAAUUAUGAUAGCAAAAAUGUAUUUGCAAAUUCUGAUGCAAAAUAUAUAGUGGGUGCAAAGUUUUUCGUAGUAGCAGAAUUCGUUAGUAGAGUACUUUUUAAAUAAUCAAUCAGAAAUACUGAAAAAUAUUCAAUUGUUUUUAAGAAUUGACAGUAAUUGCAACGUUGUCACACUUUGGUAAAGUAAUGUUAUGAGCGCUCUUAAGGUCAUCAUAUUAUGUCAUAUUGCGUCAUGUCGCAUGAUAUUUUUGUUAAUUUCCUAUACGUGCCAUUUCCGCAUGUAUAUUACUAAUAAGUAAAUAUAUGUAUUGUAUUGAACAAUUUGAGUUAUUUUUAAUUGCACAAGGCGUUUUUGCGGUGUCUGAAACAUCUUUAUUAAUUACAUUGUUAAGUAGCUAGUACUAACUAGCUACUUAACAAUGUAAUUAAUAAAGAUGUAAAAAACUUAAUGUUAAUUUACGAAUAUAAUACUAAUUAUAUUCGUAAAUUAACAUUAAGUUUGGAAACAGCGUCAAUACACCAAUUAUUUUAUAGAGCUAAGGUGAGUUAUAGAGCAGUGAGGAGCUUACCGCCAAUCAAUUUUCAAAUGUUUAUGCCUGAAGUUCAAAUUCAUUAAUAAGUAUUGACUAAAUUCAGUAAUACAAGUGAGUGGUAACUAUUCAAGCGAUAUGUCUGUGAUUAAUAUUAUGUAUAAAUAAAUGUAAACAGAAACUAGAUCAGCAUGUCUUUUCAAUACCUACCUAUUAUCUACAUGUAGGAUCAUAGCUGUAAGAUGUAUAAUACGCCAACUACUUUAGUAUCAUUCAAUAUAUAUAAAUGUCUCAUUAGUUCAAUACUUAUACGUGGGUAUUACAUUGUAAAGUGCAUUUUCAACUAGAUCAGUACUAAUAAACUCGUUAAAAUUAUAUGUGAAGGCGCAUACCUUCAUCCAUCGUUAUUGCAUAACACUGAUAAAUAAACAUUAUGCCUUCAUUAUAAGAUUUAAAUGUAAUUUUCUGUUUAGUUAUCCUUAAACUAAAAAUUACCAGCAUUUUUUUAUAUGCCGUGUAUGCCAAGGAAAAUAUUAAGUUAGAUGCAAAUAGUGCUUUUUGAAUUAAUGAUUGUAUUAUUGUAUGUAAAACUUGCAAUUAUUUGUACUAUUCUAAGCAUUCUAAAAAUAAUUCAUUGUAUAAAAUCUUUCAUUAUAACACUGAACAAAGUUUGGUAGGAUUUAGCGCUAAGUACCUAUGUAACAUAAGAGUAUAGCUAUCACUACUGAUUGUAAGUUAUUUUUAAAUGUAAAAAUAAAAGGUUGAAUAAUA